AUGGUGCCUCGUAACGUCAGCGAAUCCCAGCUUCGCCCCGAACCAGAACGCGCUCCUUCAAAUAGUACAAAGUUAUCAUAUAGAUCUCAUUCUUCAUCUUUCGAAGCAGAUGACGAGAGAUCUAGUUCUGCCGAUCACGAUAGUAUGGGCCCCGAUAUUGGCUCUGCCCAUAGAGAUGCUCCUGCUCAGUAUGCGGGUGAGGAUACACGAUUGACGAGUCGGAAAGAGUUGUCGGGAUGGUACGCCUACGGAUUUGCUGCGGAAGUUUUCGUGAUUUGUGGUAUUGGUUCCUUCAUCCCGAUUACUUUGGAACAAUUGGCAAGAGAGAACGGAGUUUUACUUUCAGAUCCAACACAAUCAUGCGGUUCGAGCUCCACACAUCUACCUCCAAGUUUACAUCCAGGAAGUGCAAAGGAUUCACAAUGUGUGAUAUAUCUUGGGGGUCUACAGAUAAACACUGCUAGCUUUGCUAUGUAUAGUUUCUCUCUCAGUGUUCUCUUCCAGGCGGUAUUGGUUGUUUCAAUCAGCUGCGCCGCAGAUCAUGGGAACUACCGCAAACGGUUAUUGUUAUUCUUCGCAUUUGCCGGAUCUAUAACGACUAUGUUAUUUUUGACAGUUGUCCCGAAAGUUUACUUGCUCGGGGCUCUCUUGGCAAUAGUCUCAAAUACGUGCUUCGGAGCAAGUUUUGUGCUACUAAAUUCAUUUCUUCCCCUCCUCGUUCGACAUCAUCCGAAAGUUCAGUAUGGUACGCCCGAGCUUACACCUGAACUUCGUCCCAGUUUCGUUGAUGAAUACACUCCAGAACACUCGCUGGAUGGGCCAGAAAUCGAGGUAUUUGAUGAAAGAAGUGCACUCCUACCACAUAAUAAAAUAUCUUCUCAAGCUCCUGACACAACUGAAACUCUCUCGCCGUCUGGAGAUUCCACUUCUAUCGAGCUUCAAUUAUCUACUCAGAUCUCUUCGACUGGUAUAGGGAUUGGUUACAGCGCCGGCCUCUUUCUGCAAUGCGUGUCCAUUGUCAUUAUUUGGUUGCUUAAGGGCACGACCUUUUCGUUACGACUGGUAUUAUUCUUCAUAGGAUUGUGGUGGUUCCUUUUCACAAUUCCUGCCGCACUAUGGCUCCGACCUAGACCAGGACCACCAUUACCAGCCACGGGCAAUGGAACUUCAAAAGGCUCACGAAGUUGGUUUGCUUAUAUCAUCUACGCCUGGUCAUCUCUAUUUCGCACGGUAAAACUUGCCCGACAGUUGAAAGAUAUUACUCUUUUUCUGGCAGCCUGGUUCCUCCUCUCCGAUGCUAUCGCAACUGUUUCGGGAACUGCAGUCCUCUACGCCAAAACUCAACUUCGCAUGGCACCCGAAGCACUCGGCCUCAUAAAUGUGAUUGCCACCACGGCCGGUGUCCUAGGUGCAUUCUCCUGGGCUGCCAUCUCCCGCACCUUCAAACUAAAGCCCCAUCAAACAAUUCUCGCAUGUAUCUGCAUCUUCGAACUCAUACCUCUCUACGGUCUCCUAGGCUUCCUCCCCAUCGUCAAACGCUGGAACGUCAUCGGUCUCCAACAACCAUGGGAAAUGUAUCCUCUUGGUUUCAUCUACGGGUUUGUCCUCGGUGGUCUAAGUAGUUAUUGUCGUUCCCUAUUUGGUGAACUCAUACCUCCUGGAUCUGAAGCGGCAUUCUAUGCUCUCUAUGCCAUUACAGAUAAGGGAUCCAGUAUAUUUGGGCCGGCGAUCGUGGGGGCGAUCGUGGAUCGAACGGGGGAAAUUAGACCGGCGUUUUGGUUUUUGGCGGUUCUAGUUGGAUUACCUGCUCCGUUGAUUUACUUUGUUGAUGUGGAGAGGGGAAAGGAGGAGGGAGCGAAGUUAGCAGAGAUCAUUGAGGGGUUUAGAAUUAGGGAUGGGGAGAGCGAAAGUGCGGAUGCGAGUGGGAGCUCGAGUGUUGGAGAUGAGAGGGGUCAGGAUGAUGGACUUAUUAGCCCUCAUGGUGAAGAGAGGGAGAGGGGAAGGACUGAAUGA